AUGCCCAGGCCACCACUCAGAAUAAGGCUAGCCAGAUUCGGCAGAAGGCAUCAGCCCCUUUACAAUAUCGUCGUGGCUAACGCCAGAUCGGCUAGAGACUCCUUGCCUGUGGAAGUCAUCGGCACAUACAACCCAGUCCCAGUACCACUCACGCCAGAAGAACAGUCCAAGGGCAUCAAGCCAUUCAAGCAUAUCGAGUUGGACUUUGACAGAUCAAAGUACUGGUUGGGUGUGGGCGCCGAAGUGAGCGACCGUGUUGGUUUCCUCUUUAAGAGAGCAGGUUUGCUUCCUGAGAACUGGCCCAAGCCAGCCAAGCUCACCCAGCACAUCCCCAAGCGGGUUGUGGAGGAUAUUCACACGGAAAAGGAGGAGCCUCGUGUGUUUUUCAGACAGAGAGACUAG